AUGUCGAAGAACGCAACUCUUUCACUAGCUCCUGUCCUUCUUGUUCUUCUUUUCUUCUGUGUUGUUGUUCAUGGCGCCCAAGAGAAGAAGAUUCUUAGUCUACACAACUAUAUCUGGUCUCCCAAGAAAUCUAACGAAGCUUCGAGUUCAUGUUUCUCUCACAAUCUUGGAAAGGGAAGAGAAUCCACUACUACGCUGGAGAUGAAACAUAGGGAACAAUGCUCAGGAAAGACUGUAGACUGGGGUAAGAAGCUGAGAAGAGCACUAGUUCUUGAUAACCUUCGAGUCCAGUCACUUCAACUCAGAAUCAAAGCAAUGACCUCGAGCACCACUGCACAAUCCGUUUCGGAAACUCAGAUUCCACUGAUCUCAGGGAUAAAACUUCAGACUUUGAAUUACAUUGUGACAGUUGAAUUAGGAGGAAAAAACAUGAGUUUGAUCGUUGACACUGGAAGUGACUUGACUUGGGUCCAAUGCCAGCCUUGCAGGUCCUGUUACAACCAACAAGGUCCUUUGUAUGACCCAUCAGUCUCAUCUUAUUACAAGACAGUUUUCUGCAACUCAUCCACUUGUCAGGAUCUUGUAGCUGCUACCGGCAAUCGGGGCCUUUGUGGGGGCAACAGUGGUGUCGAAAAGACAACUUGUGACUACGUUGUCAGCUACGGAGAUGGAUCGUACACUCGAGGAGACUUGGGCAGUGAAAGUAUCCAAUUGGGCGACACGAAAGUCGAAAACUUUGUCUUUGGUUGUGGCCGAAACAACAAAGGUCUAUUCGGGGGAGCUUCUGGUCUAAUGGGUUUGGGAAGAAGCUCAGUUUCUUUAGUCUCCCAAACUACUGAAAAUUUCAACGGAGUCUUCUCGUACUGUUUGCCUUCUCUCGAAGAUGGAGCUUCUGGCUCAUUGUCAUUCGGUGACGAUUCCUCUGUUUACAAAAACUCAACUUCAGUUUCCUACACUCCGUUGGUACAAAACCCUCAGCUUCGUUCCUUUUACAUUCUGAAUCUCACCGGUGCCAGCAUCGGUGGCGUGGAGCUGGAAGCAUCAAGCUUCGGUAGAGAGAUUCUAAUUGACUCGGGAACGGUUAUCACAAGACUGCCACCUUCCAUUUACAAAGCCGUGAAGACGGAGUUUCUGAAGCAAUUCUCCGGGUUUCCUUCAGCUCCUGGUUAUUCAAUCUUAGGCACUUGCUUUAACCUCACAAGCUAUGAAGACGUGAGCAUUCCCACUAUCAAGAUGUUCUUCCAAGGUGACGCUGAGCUCCAAGUGGAUGUCACUGGUGUGUUCUACUUUGUCAAGCCCGAUGCGUCCAUAGUCUGCUUGGCCCUGGCGAGUCUGUCAUAUGAAAACGAAGUCGGUAUCAUCGGAAAUUACCAACAGAAGAACCAAAGAGUAAUAUAUGACACCAAACAAGAGAUGCUUGGAAUUGCAGGAGAAAACUGCAGUAUCUGA